CGGCUGCGCGGCGCGGGAGGGGAGCUGUCGCAUGCGUACCGACUGCAUUCCAGCCAGUAGUCCGGCCGCCGCCGCCCCGAGCAUACGUGUCCGCGCCGCUCCGCGUCCCACCCCCAAUACAAAGAACACCUCAGUAUUGUAAAAAAUCUGUGAUGUAUUGAUUAAUUCCAACGUUUUCGCUACGCUCAUGGAUUAAAGCGUUAUUAGUGAAGUGUUUAAACCAGUGUUUAGUAGUUUUAAAACACGUAUUCGAUCGCUUUACAGCGGCCACGUACCAUGGAAUUUUGCUUUAUCGAUGAAUAGAAUCUCACAGCGGACAAGAAAUAUGGUGGACUCGCAGUGUUGAAAACGGAUUUGGUUGUGUUUUAUGUGUAAAGUGUUGUGUUUUAAACAUGGAAAACGCGAGAUAAUGUGUUUGUGCACGGAUUAUGGAUCGGUAGCGUCAGAGCGGAUGGAUGCUAAAUAAUAUUUCGAUCGGAUAAUGCUUUGGUGAACUAAAGGCUACAGAAUGGUGUCCCUCGGUUAUCUCGGGCUGCGCCAAACGCCGUGGACUGUAAUUGUACUAAUAUUCUUCGUAGAAAGCGCUAUGGGAAACCUCGCAAAGAGCUUCUACAUCCAUUGGAACACAACCAACAGCAUAUUUAGAAUAGACAAUACAGAUCAUGUCUUCGAUUUGAAUAAUGGCAAUCCCCAAUUCGAAUACGACCAAGUUAACAUAAUAUGUCCUGUAUAUACUCCUGGGACUUUUGAGGAGGACACGGAGAAGUAUAUAAUAUAUAAUGUGAGUAAAGAGGAGUACGAUACGUGUAGGAUAACGAAUCCAAAUCCACGUAUAAUAGCUAUAUGCGACAAGCCGCAUAAGCUGAUGUUUUUCACUAUAACGUUCCGCCCGUUCACGCCCCAACCAGGAGGCCUAGAAUUUCUGCCUGGUAAAGAUUAUUACUUCAUAUCGACGUCAAGCAAAGACGAUUUGCACAGACGGAUCGGCGGCCGUUGUCUAAGUCACAACAUGAAGCUGGUCUUCCGGGUCUGCUGCAAGCCGGAGGAGCAGUCUCCUGUCCCUCCUCCUCAGCCCACGCCUCCGCCGCCUCCCCCGCCGCCCACAACUACGACCACAACAACAACAACAACAGUAAUGACGACGAUUAAGCCUAAGAAGACGCACAAGUACGACAAAUCGCCGAACGAGGUGGUGAAGAGUGAGGAGCUGAGUUAUUCCCGCGGGGCGGCGCUGGCGUCCUCGCUGGCUCUAGCUUUGGCUGCUAGCGCUGUGCUGGCGCCCCUGGCUCGGUGAAUGUGCGCUCGGACGCGAGCGCCGCGCCCAGACCUCCUUGGCAAGCCAUGCCCCACACACACCACACAACUACACACACUCCAUCUCCGCCCCGACUCUUUGGUCUACUCGUGAACAGUGAACGUUCUGUGAACAGUGAACACUAAAGGUGAUUAAUAUAAGUGUAUUGGGCCUACUAAUAUAAUGGAGCUAGUUACGGACUCAUUUAAAUAUAUAUAUAAUGUUAACAUGUAUAAUGGUAAAAUAGGUUUCUUAAACCAUUAGGUAUAUGCAUUUUUUUAUAUUUUCAUUAAUGCAAUGAAGAUUGAUUACGACUUAGAUACGGAUAGGGAUUAGGACGAAUUAGGUAGUUCGUAUUUAGUUCGAAAGACGAUUUUUUUCCUGAAAAAAAGUAUGUUAGAAAUUAUUUAUACGAAAAAUAAGGGGCAAGUUAUGAAAUUGUCCAGAAAUACUGUGAUUUUGGUUUUAUUUAGGAUGUAAUAAACUCAUUAUGCUUUUAUUAUGUGAUAUAAGUCUACAUAUAUUGAAAAAUGCAUAGUUUCGCCUCCGUAUAUACUUUCUUUAACGACUGAUUUCGCAUUUCAGCUUUUUAUAGAUAAUUUAAAACGAGCCAACUAGUAAUAACAAUAACUGCCUUUGCUCGAUAUAAAAACUAAUUUAACAACACAAGUCUUGUACAAACACCCGAAAGAUUAACCAAGACUUCAUAUAAAAUUCAAUGGUUUGAAUGUUGAUACUCAAAAUUCCUCAAUUUUUGAGUUUCGAAAAACAUCUCACGUUUUUAACUGAGUCUUCUAUUCUCCUUAAUUAUCUUAAAGAAGAUUCCGUCAAAGAAACAUAUGUUAUCUUUGAUACAGAACUUCUAAUAUGAAAUGACAUAUUAGAAGUUGACUGUUAUAUUCUUGAAAGCAAUAUCUAAAUAUUUAUUUUAAACUAUGGAGAAACAAGAUUCAGUUUUAACUGUUCGAGUUUUACGUAUUGUGGAAUUUCGUCCAUCAUAAUAGCAAUGUCUAACUAUUUUUUCCGUGGGUAGCUAUUUUUAAUAACAUCAAUAAAACCAUUGAUAUAAGAUCACAGCAUUUAGCACACCGUGCCAUGAGUGUGUCGACAGACAAACAUACAGAUAGUCAAAUAGUUGAAUAGUUCAAAUAGUCCGGGUUCUGUUAGCCAUACGCAAAUAGACAGAUAAUUUAGGUAGACAUUAAGAACGGAACUGUUGGAUUUUAAACUAUACUGGAAAAUGCCCAUUGACAAUUUCAAGAAAAACAGGCCUAAAACGAUUAUGUAGAGAAUAUGACACCCGUUAGAGUUGAAAAAAAAGUCUGCAUAGAUAUUUGCAAUGAAAGAGUGGAAGAGUCGUUAAAUUCCUGUGUAAAAUAUGAUGAAUGACACUUUCACACUUUGACACUUAAAAAUCAGUGCAGAGUUAACUUAGAUUCUAACUAAUUGAAGAAGUUUUAAGAACUGUCUAUAACGAGAAAGUAAUCUUCAAUAUUAGCAAAUAAAAAUAAGGUAUUGCUAUCAAUAGCUAGCAAAUUUUAAACUCGCAUAAUCACCAAGAUAAUGACAUCAACGAAAGCUAUUUUAAAACACAUCUAAAUUGAAAAAGCAUACGCUAAAGAAAAAUUGAAAAACUCGCUUUCUCUUUGAAACUGCUAUAAAAUGUUAAAAAUGUGAUUUUAAGAGUCCCACAGAUAUAGAUUUUACUGGUCUCAUAAAAAUACCGAAUGGUGUAAGCCUCUUUUAAAAAGGAGUAUUAUAUUAUAGAGAGCUUGAAAUAAAUAAAAAUAACUAUUAAAGGAAAUCCUAUUACACAAAUUGACUAAACCCCACAGUAAGCUCAAGAAGGUUUGUGUUGUGGCUCAGACAACGAUAUAUUAUAAUAUAUAAAAACUUAAAUACAUAGAAAAUACCCAUGAUUAAGAAACAAAUAUCUGUAAUCAUCACACAAAUAAAUACCCUUAUCGGGAUUCGAACCCAGGACCGCCGGUUUCAAUUAUUAGUUAAAUCGCUAUUAAAUCAAAAUCUCCUUAAACAUCUUUCGGAUUUUUGAUUGGUUAAUUUUAUUUACAAUUAUGAAUAUUAAAAUUUGAUAAAUAGACUUAUCGGUUCGCGAAACUUGUCUGGCCAUCUUUGAAUGGUCAAAAACGAUAUUAAAAUUUAUCAAUUUAACCAUCAGAAAUCGUGAUUUUAUGUAGAAAGAAUACAAAGCAACCGAAUGCUAAUAUUAUUCAUUAAUAAUCGCCUAUUUUGUAUUAUAGUUAAAGUUAAUUGAUUUAAUGCCCAUAUGUGAUUAUCAACUAAAAGGCACCCCAUUGUCGGUUGUCCAUAAGGUCGAUUUUGAAUUGAAGCUAUAAGGAAAUGGCGUCUUAUUGACGACCGACAAUAAGUACCCUUUUGGAUGAAAUCGGCACAUAUCUUCUCCAAAAACAUUUUAACCAACGAUUUCUUAAAAAGGCCUAAAUAAAUUUGUUAUAUUUGUUACCUUAGGUUUACUUAAAUUCACGGGUGUCACACUAGUGUUGCCGUUCAAAUACCCUUCACAAUAAACCAGCCGGGACUCGAACUCACGACCUAUGCCUUUAAACACUGGGCCAACCGGCCAAACCCGUUAGCGACUUGAUUACAGUUAUUUGCAUUCGCCCGCCAUCUUGGAUUUAAGGUGCCUUAUGAUAAUGCUUUGGAUACAAACUCAAUAUCACUCUUUUGAUCAGCGAUUUAUUUCUAGAAAAUAUACCCUUAUAUUUUAAAAGUUGUCUUUUAAAGUGAUACUUUCAUUUAAGGCUGCAUUUGAUUUGACACCAGAGUAACAAGCAUCUAUAGGCUAUCUAUACUGCUUACUAUUAAGCAGGUCGGGCACUAGUUUAUCACCAACAUUAAUUUGAAAAUCACUAUUGCCAGGUAAAAUUUUCAAUAAAAAAAGUAUAUAGGUAUCGGCAGAGUUGAAGUGAAAGAUUACACACACAGCUACACAGAGUACUAAGCAAAAGUAGUAUUGAACGAAUGAAUGAAUGAAUGAGUGAAUGUGACUUAAGCGCACGAUAUUAAGCUUAAAAAUAACCUUGUAGAAACAUUAUGGUCCAUCUUGCAGUUGGCAGUUCAACUUGCUAUCGGUACGAAAAAAAAAUAUUCUGUCAUUACAUGAUUUCGUCGUUGUGUGCGUGACUUCAACUCUUGUGCCCAUCUUCUUGAAUUUUUAAGUAACAAGUCUACAUUAAUGAACUUCACAUCUCAAAAGCAUUCUCCAGAUAUCCACGCAGUUAAUAUAAUUUAUUGUAUCCUAUAUAAUCAAUUCAAACUACAAUAUGAGACAGCAGAACUGACAGACAAAGAUAAAUGGUCCUUCGGGCCCUUUUUUCCCAUUCACAAAAGAUAGGUUAGGAAUGGUAACAAUUAUAGGAGCAGGUAGAAACGUCCAAGAAAUUUAAGAAUAACCCAGCAUUUGUAGGUUUAUUACUCUAAUUUAAAAGUAAAAGUUAAUGUGGAACUACCAAAUGAAAUGGAACAGGAGUAUCCAAUUACUAUCGGCCAUAUUGUUUUUAAAUUGUCAUCAUAAAAUACAUUUUUAAACUGACUUUUAUAACGAAUAAUUGCUGGUGAUCUAAAAAGAACUUGCAAAAUAUUUUACAAGCAUUUUGUAAGCUAUCAUUUGUCGUAAGUACAUACUACUCAAAUUAGGGCAUACGUUUAAAGAAUUGUUGUGUCAGAGAUGACACAUUCAUUUAAAACGUUUUAUGAAAUGCUAUGUGAUUAAAACGAUUAAAUACUAUUUCAUAAAAUACGGAGAGAUUUAAUAGCUACUUACGUAAAUAAUACACAAGAUUUAUGACACAUACAGUAAUGAAAACCAUGAAACGCGUUUUAUUAACUCGAAUAAUACAGCAUAACAGUUAUUUUAAACAGUAAUUCAAGGUUCCCAUAAAAUAGAAGUAUGCUUGUCAUGUUGGCAUUUAGGUACAAAGAAAACAUCACAAUGAGUUUUUCUUUGUAUCGUUAUGAUUCAUGAAAUAUAUUGAAAUUAUUCAUACCUAUUAGAAUUCUGAAAACUUCGCUCCAUUAUCAUGAAAGCACUAUUCAGUUUUACAUUAUUAUUCCUACGUCAAUUGCUUACUUUAUCGUUUUAUUAUCACAUCUUAUAUGCCAAAUUGUCGUAACAGCCAUUUUAAGAUGGUAAAAGCCAACCCAAAACAGCGUCAAAUUUGUUAAAACAACCUGAGCGCUGACAUUGUCUUAAUGCAUUGUGUUCUAAACACAGAAUUAAUGUUCUUUUAUGGCCCCAGGCUAUUAAGCUUGCUUACCUUCUGAGUGGAUCUAUUUUUAUUUCAAUCUAAACAAAAAUCUAGUAGAGCUAAAGGACGUAAGUGCCAUCACCGAGUUUGUCCUUUACGACAUUUGUAUUACUGUGUGUUUGUGAAAUUUUAAAAGGAUAGGAUAGUCAAGAUUUAUUUUAUGCUAACAAAAGCUCUGGAAUUUUGGUCUAAAGGUCACCCUCAGAUUAAAUAAAGAAACAAAACAAAGUGAAGCAAAUUGAUGGACAUCAAUUAGUGAGAAAUAAAACGGUGGUUGAUAUUUUUAGUAAUUAGAGAGACGAAUGUAAAAAAAAACCCUAAAAAAUGUAGAGUCCGUCUAAGCUAACUUUGCACCGAAAUUGAUGGAAAAAAGUGUGAAAGAGUAAUUAUAAACUUCAUAUUUUCAUAGUAAUUUGACAUUUCAACACAUUGCAAAUGCCAUGCACAGUUAGGUUGGUCCGGCUUAAGGCAUACUUUUUUUUAUUGCUACUUAAUAAUAAUUUUUAACAUUCUCAAAACCUACCUAAUCCAUUACCUAAAUUGAAAAAUGUAGAGAAUUUUUCAAUUUUCGCCCUCCAAAUUCAAUAUUAUGUUAAGCAAAGAUCAAAAAAUAGAUCAGGAUUACUCGUUAAAACGUUGUUUAUGUCACUAAAUUUUCAAAUUGAAAAGAAAGUUUACACAAACUUCCAUCCUUCCAGUCCAGAUGUCUCAAGCGGGCAUUUGUUUAGAGUUUUGGCUAUUUUUGUUCCCCAACGAAGGAUUGAGAAGGGAUAAUGACUAACCUGCCGGUUAUAAUUUUAACCGAGUUUUAAACCUUGGAUUAUAUUUCGGUGAUUAAUAAUAAAGCGCAAUUUACUGAUGAUGUAUGGUGGUUGGAAAUAAACGCCUUAAUCGCUUUUAAAUGCUUCUGUGAGAUGAAAGCUCACGUUCGUUUGUUUUGGCCAAAAUUCCUGACUUAAGUCAUAUGAAAUGUUAAAGAAAGUUUAGGAAGAAUUUUUUAGAUAUAUUUUAAAUGAAAUUGGAUUUUAUUAAUAGAUCCGUUUUUCUAAUCAGGAAAUUUUAGUCAUACUGAAAACUUUGUCUUGAUAAUCGCAUUUUAAUGAGUUUGUUAAACCAUGGCACAAAAACUUUGACACAUGAUUUUGCUUAUUAAAUUACAAAAAAAGAUAACAUCUAAAUUAACGCAAUAUUUCACUCAAAAGCGAUGUAACUCCAGAAAAUAGAUUGUCCCAUUAUUCAUGUUAAAUUAAAUAUGUCAGUUUCCAUUUAUAAAAUGUCCGGUGACAUAGGUUAUUUUUCAGAAGUCAUUUUCUUAAGAAAUGGUGGUUAAGAGUUAAAUGUGACAUCAAAGAAUUCAAACCGUGAUAAAUGUAUGACGGCUUCAUAUUAUUUUCGCGGGAUGUGGACCGGAGAAGUUUAAAAAUAGAAUUUCCGAUAGCUUUUUACGUCUUUUUGUGAUUCGAUGAUUCAAACGUGACGGUUGUGGCGUAAGGGACAGUUCAUAUUUUGGCAGUUACGUCGAUUGUGUUUUAUCAUAAGACGUGCUGUAAAAAAUACAUUGUUCUUACAUUGAUAUACGACCAUGACUCAUGUUUGGGCUUUGAUUGAACACAAAGAAGUUUUUGUUAAUAAGUUAAUAACUUUACAGUUCAUUUCAAACACUAUAACUUUUUAUAUUCGGUUUUUAUGCAUAUUACAUACUUGCUCGAACCAGUUAUGGCAAGUUAAGAUACGUAAGUAGCACGAUUUCUUUACACGAUAUAAAAUACACAUUUUAAUAAGGUAAUGAAAACUCUAUAGGUACUUAAUUACAAAAAAAUACUAGUAUAAUAAAAAGAUAAAACAAUCGCCUGUGGUUAACCACAAAGGUUUGUUGCAAAUUGAAAUAAUCGCGUUUCAAACAAAACCACUUUAUGUGAACAAAAACUAUAACAACGGCAGCUAAAUUGUUAAUAUGUAUUUAAGUGAGAUUAGUUUUGUAGAUUUCACGCUGGAUAACUAUGACAUUGUGUUAUUAUAUUAGUCUAAACUGGUGUGAAUCAUUAUCACAAUUUUAUACACCAGUAUUUUAAAUACUUACUUUAUAAUCUUAUAGAGUUGACUCGGAAAUCUAGCUACUAUUUAGUUUGUCUUUACGCAUGGCUAACUAAUAAAGAAGAAUAAUAUGAAUUAUAUCUUAUGGACAUAUAAAAUAAACGCUAUUCUGCUUUCUAAACCAUAUAUCAUAAAUAAACGAUUUUGUCGGUAAAUUCUUAAAACACGGCCUAAACUGAACGAUAUUUGCUUAAAUAUGUCAUCGAUUAAAAAACAACAUACCUAUUAUAUGUAAUGAUUUCCUAUAAUUUAUAUGGCCUAAUAAUUAACAUAAAAUGCAUUUAAGUUAGGUACAAACUUAUUCAAUUUCGUCAAUGACUUGAAAUCGAUGAUUUCAUAAUAUCUGUAUGGCGUUUAAGUUUACACUAAUUACCAACAUGGGUAUAAGUAUAGUUUAAAAUCCAACAGCAUGCAUUUUUAUAGUAAUCUCUCUCAUCAUUAGUUUUCGAUUAGUUGUGCUGUGUACUUAGAUUUUAAAAUAAUUGCCUAAUUGAAAAAGACCUCAUUUUGAAUCUCUAUUGAAAAUCAGUCCGCUAGUUUUAAUUACAAGAAGGCAUAAUAAUUAAAUAAUUAUGUGGGUUUUUUCCAAACAGAGCGAGACUAGUUGUGAUGUUCCACAGGUAAAGGUACCUUAUGGUGGUUGGCACUUACGUCGCUUAGUACCGCAUUAGUAUUGGAACGUCGUAAAUAACAACGUAAGCGCCAACCGCUACACGGUCGCUUUGAUGUGGAACGUCACAAUUUAUGGUAUUUAUAUAGGGCAUAAAUGUAAUAUACGGAACCAGUUUUGUGUAUUAAUAACCGGUUACAUUCUGUAAAUUUAAUAUAGUUCGGAGAGAAUAAGACAAGUUAUAGUUUAUACAGUGAUUACAAUAUAAAUUAUGAUUCUCACUGUACCUACUUUUUGUGAUUUAUGUACUUCUUGUGGUAUGGUUUUGAUAAUUUGGACUCAGUUAAAAUAAAAUAUUGAAAUGUUUUUGGAGCACCAUAAAGUUUUCCUUAUGAUAAUUGUGCUAGGAUUGGUAUAUUUAAACAGAUAAAACAGAUUUAUCCUUGAGAUAACUACGUAACAUUGAACUUGAACCUAAGUUAUCUACACAAAUACCUGGAAUAAAAGAAUUCUUGUGCAACAACAACUUUUUCCUUAUACAAUCAUAACAAUUUAAAUUAGCGUGUUACGCAAUUUAAUGAUGCUUAAAACGAUUUAAUAUGUACCAAGCGCCAUUUAAUUGUUCUCAUUUCACAGAAGCUUAUCAAUUAGCCUUAUGACCAUGACGAAUGUCAAGUUAUCACAAUAACAUUGUGUUACAUGCAAAUUCAAACUUUAUAUCAACUGUAUAAACUUUACUUUCUCUUGAACUAGAUGUAAGUGAACAGAUUUUGUACUCAACAAAUGACACAAGCAAUUAAAAUAAAAUAAAUCAGCCCCUGUUUGGAAACGACUUACAGAUAACCUAAAAUAGUUCGUCAUUUAAUUUGACAUGAAUAUUUAUAUGAAUUGAUGAAACCGUUUAAGUAAUGUAAGAUAUAAGAGUUACUCCUAUAAACGUGCCUAAUUUCAUUGGUGAUUUUUGGAGCUUCACUUUCACAUAUGAUCUUUGUAAAGUACAUAAUAGCCACGUGUUUUUUCUGUGUUGUAUAAGAUCUUAAGUCAAUUGAAAUCAUAACUUAGUCUGUGCGGAAAGAGAAGGGUCGUGAAAUGUAUGGGAUCUCUUACAUUCCUCUACUCUUCUCUUUCCGUACAGACUAUUUGAUCUUAAAAUAUAAUAUUUUUACUUAUAUGCAUAAACAGUAAUUACCAUAAAAUAAUCGUUAUGGAGGACUUGACGCAUAAAAACAGGAAUUUACAGAUACGUUAAAUAAAAGCUGGUUUUAUCGCUAAAUAGCGAUCUCAUUAAAGUUUAACCAGCAAACAAUCUCAAUAAAAUAUUCACACGUAAGUUAAAUCAACUUGUAACGUAAUUGCAAAUACACGAACAAAAAUAAAAAUGUUUUAUUCAGGCAAAUUCUGAUUUUGAAAAUAUAACCAAUUUAAUUGAUUCAGGGCAUCCCUUUUGCAUCAAUUAAUUAUUGCAUGUGAGACACACCAAGAUUAAUACCAUGUUGAUGUCAUAUUUUAAUAUCUAAAUAUGCUCUCCUAAACGGGAAACCCAUAAAUCAUACAAUAAAACAGCGUAAGUGACGUUUAAUUAUUUAUAGCUUUCAACAUUAAUAAUUUGUGGCCAGCCGCAAUGUGUCAUACAGCUGACAUCAAAUAUUUUGAUUGAAUUCUAACACCACAUGUUGAAUCAUGUCUGUCUUUGUAAUUUGUAAGCUAUAAACUUUUUCAUUUUACGAUAUUUUCAUAUUUCGUCGUAACAGAUGUUAAUUUAUGAUUGAUAUUUUAAUUUCUUUUCGACAUAGACCUAGAGGUUAAUAGACUCAUGUUUAUAGUCAACAUAACCCGCUUACAUAAACUGCUUUUAUUAGCUAAUGUAGCCAAAUGAUAUUCAAAUAUUUAGAUUUCUGGUAUAAUAUUUUUCUGGCAUGAAAUUUGCUACAGUAAAAUAAAAAAAAAUCUUAUCAUAUUUAAAACUUUAAAAUAUCGGUUAUAUAUAAAAUUAAUUUAGCAAAACUUAUAACACGCGUAUUGAAACAUGUAUAAGCAGUUAAUUCAAUAUUUUUAUAAAAAAAUAACUAUAUAAGAUAAAAAAUACAAGUUUAAAUAAAUUAUGUACUUCAUAAAGGACAUUAAAAGUCUAGCUCCAUAAAUAAGAACCAAUGAAAUGGUUAAUUUGCUCAGUGGCGGUUGUAAUUAAUAUUUAUAUGAUCCCAUUCCAUUUUUUAUAAUUAAUUAAUUACCGUAUUCAGCUGAGUGAAAAUUUUACUAAAAAGUCCAUCCAGGUUUAUAUUUUAUAUUCUAGCAUUUCAGUCCUGAAUUAUAAACAUAAAUACUCUUAAUAUGUUAAAAGCAAAUGCUUUGCGUUUAUAUUAUAUGAAUUGGUAUUUAUUUUUACUUUUAUAGUUAUCUUUAGACUCAAUUGACGUAAAGAACAUUUUGAUGUCCUUUACAGCAUUCGAUUUAAAGGUAAUAAAUGUAGGCUAUAUUUGUACGAAGAGGAGUCAUUUUAUGGUCUGGUAUUUUACGACAUAACGUCGUUUUGCCAUUUAAUUUCAGAUUAUACAUAUUCCUUUGGUUCUAUGUUUCUGUAUAUAUUUUAUUUUAAGCAUACAAUUAUAAAGAGGGACAUACUUGACCAUUUAUAUAACUAAAAUUUACCAUUUUAUGAUUGCAAGUGUAAUUUACUUCAAUCAAAUAACUCCUUAAUAAUAGUUCCUAUGAAUAAACCCUCACAAUUUUGAAAUAAAUGAGUUUUUAAUGUUUAUUGUAUAUUAGUUUUUUUAUUGAUUCAGGACUGAAUAAUUCUGUAUAUAAUAAAAAUGUAUUUAUUUAAAUUUAGUUUCAAAUUAUUUAUUUCAAAUUGAAACCGUUUUAUACAUUCGCAUUGGUGCUAAUAGCAGUGGCUAAAAUAGUACAAUUAUUUCAUUUUAAGUACUUUAUUUUAUUCUGUUUGACUCAUAUACGUUGAUAAUUACGAUUUCGACUUAAUUGACGUAAUGGAUAUUAGUUUUCUAUGUCCUUUACACCAAUUUCGUCGGAUACCAGUGCCUCAUAACAUUAAGAACAUAAUUUGUGUCUCUUCUCAGAAAAUGUACCGCAUUUUCGAAUGUCCAUAAAAACUAUUUAAUCGCAUCUUUAUGCUUUAAUUUGACAACCGAAGUAAUACCUUUCGACUCAGACACAUAAAUUUAUCGAUGCUUAGUGUGCUCCUUUUCUCACGCAUUCCAAAAGCUACGUGUACAAACGGAACAGACACAGUAUCGAUAUUGAAUUUUCCUAUAUGAGGCCGCAGGAAUCUUGAUUUUACUUUAUAAAAUUAAGUUUAUGAGUCUUUUUAUCCUACUUAAUUCUGCUUUAAUAUUACGUACUUAAUUUGUGAGUUAGUGCAAAAAUUAGAGUUAUACUAGCAUGAGCUACCUCUUUCAAAUGUUCUAAAGGUAUUUUUAUAUAAACUAAUGUUAAUAUUAAACUCGGCACUAUCUUACAUUACUGUAACGGUUGAUACUAUCCUAAAAUUAAUAAAAAAAAGAUAUUUCACAUUUUCCUAAUAAAAAUGUUGGAUAUUUAGAUUUGGAUUAAAGUUGUGGAUGUCGUUGUCAUUAGGUUUUUUAAUUAGUAAAUUCUGUAAACAAAUGUAUGGUUUAUGAAUCUUUUUGUAAAAUAUUUUGUGUGCAAUCAACAUUUUGUACAAUUAAUAAUGAAUAACGGCCUCCUGACAUGAUUUUUACUGUAGAGAUAGUUGAGAGAUAGAAGUUUGAUUGUAUGGUAACUAUCUCUGCAGUUGAUUGUACUUUCAGUGUCACAGAAAAUAGUUUUUACUGUGCAAGUGUGAAAUUACACAUGUUUUAUAGUGUACUUCUGUUUUGGAAUAUUUUAAUUUCAAAUCUUUGAUAUAAUAGUUAAUAUGUCAAUUUUGCCUGUUCGUUAUAAAAGUCAGUGAAACUCAAACAACAUUACUUAAUAUCCAAGUAAAAUAAAAGCGGGCAAAGUUGUCAUGUUAGUUUUUGUACUAAAUAAAGGACAAUUGGUGACAACGGCGUCCCAACAUUAUCGUACUUAGGUAGGCAGCAGUAUAGUGUUAAAUAUAUUUUUUGCAGCUGUAUCAGGUAUUUGCUAUAAAAAAACGCGGCCAUAAUCAAAUAUUAUUUUGUAAUACUUAAGACAGAGCAUUUUACUGUAUAUAAAAAAAUGUAUAAAAUUGUAUUAAUAAUUUGGAAUAACUUGUGAAACUUUAAGGACCUAAAAGUACUUUAAGGUAAAUAGCUAUUAUCUUAAACUAUUAUUAAUAUAUAGAUAAAUGCUAUAUACUUUAAAGAAAUAUUGUAAGGAAUGAACUAUUUGAUAUUAUAAUUAGAAUAUUACAAUUUAAACAAUGAAUGCAUAUGUAAUAAUAACUAAUUUUGCAAUAUAUAAUAUAUAAUAUGUUUUGUAUAACAGAAUGAAGUGCUUUUUAUGAGCAUAUGACGAUUUUAGUAUAUUUUAUAAUAAGGUACUUGCGCCUAAUAAGGCCCACUUUUAAUUUUUUUUUUAAUUUUUUUCAUUUUUGAUAUGAACUUGCAAUUUUGUCUAUGGUACUAACCAAACAUGGGCGAGAAAUAUAAACUCAUUUACACUUAUAAAAGUAUGAAAUUUUGAAAUUGAGCAAUCUUUAAAACUAAUAAGGCCCAUUAGGUGCAAGUACCUUAUAUAAAUUGUAUGAACUAUAUAUAUGAAAAGAAACACUUAUGUUAAAACUUACAUUAUGAUGGAUAAAUUACUGAAAAUUAGCUUUCGAUUGUCAACUAUGUCUUGCAUAUUCAUUUGUAUAUCUGAUUAAUUAUUUUUCUUGGCAAAUAUGUGAUUAUAAUUUUUAUUGAGUGACGUUUCACGGGUCAAGGUACAUUAUAGCAGUUGGCGCUUACGUCGCGUAGCACUGCAUUAGUAGAGCGUCGUUAAUAACAGCGUAAGUCCCUACUUACCCGUGGCACGUAACAAACCUAUCUCCUUUACACAUACAAGUCAAAAAGAGACAGAAGCUUUAUCUAAAACCGAAUAACGCUAACGCAGUCUGAAAGCUUACAGAGAAUAAAAUGGCGGCAUUUUAUCGCCAAUAAAAUGCCCAGAAUGCAUUUUCUGUUCCCGUUUGUGACUCUAAUGUCCAGUUAUCUAUAGUCUCACUUAUCUAAAGUACUCUGACUACAUUUACUAGGUAACCUAACUGGGUCAGAAUCAGAAUGUGUAACUUUGCCCCAAGUCUAUGUAAGGGCCAUUUGCCAUUAUAUUUCAAGUUGUACUUUUUUUAUUUGCAUAUUUUUGUAUCUGCUAUUUCUACUCAGAAUCAUGAACUGUUUCGAUACUUAUAGGAGAAAAAAGUGUCCCUAGAUUUUAAUUUCAUUUAGUUACUGUCUUGGAAGACUACAGAUCAGGGUGGUAACGAAAUGGAAAGACAGAAAAAAAUAUGCAAAUUUAAAAAUAAAAGGGGUGUAGAUACAACUUAAAAUAGAAUGGCUACUGAAAUUGAGGUAGCUAUGUUUUAGGUUGUAUUUGCUGUAAGUGAAUUCUAUACACAAAUAAUUUGCUAAAGGCACUGUUUUUAAACACAAGGGUCGUCAGAAAGAGCCUAAAAUUUACGUAUAUUUAUGCGGUUAAAAAUAUAUAAUAUGGUAAUUGCAUCUUUGAUGUAUCUGUUAUGAUGCUAGGAUUAAUAACACUUAAAAUAAUUUCAAUAUUCUUUACUUCAUACGUAUUUUAUUUGUGCAAUAAAAAUAAUAAAGAAACCACUAUUACAAACAUAAUACAUGUUUAUGUUUUAAAAAAUGUGUACAGGACAUAUUAAUGAAUUUAAAUAUUUUAGAAAAUUCUCCUUAGUGCAACUUGCAAUUUUAAAUAAUAAACAAAACUACUUUAAUAAGGUAUUUGUACUUUACAACCGAUUGCACAGCUGCACUAUUUAUUUUUGUCCUUUACGUCAUUUUGGAAAAAAAAUUGUAAAAAUGCCUCUGUCUUAAGUAUUAAGUUACCCAUUGGUUAAGACUAUGAAAUUGUAAAAUAGGGGAAAAAGGGGGGGUAACCUAACUGUACCUACUAAGUAUAUUAAGAGCUGUACAUAUGUUGUUUAACUAAGAUAGACCCUGUAGUAUUUAUUUGUACGAUUUGGGCCUCUGUUGAAAUCCAAAGUUUUUAAUUUAUUUUUCGACCAAUAAAUGUUGGAGAGAACUA